AGUCUCUGGUCGCCCAGCUCCAGCUCACUUCACAAUCAAUGUCUGCCCUGAACAGCAUUCUGGGUUAGGAAUGUCAACAUGGCUGCAGACAUCGGAGAACUGCUGGUCCCCUACAUGCCAACCAUCCGAGUCCCUAGAUCAGGGGACAGGGUUUACAAGAGCGAAUGCGCCUUCUCCUUUGACUCCCCAGAAUCUGAAGGUGGCCUUUAUGUGUGUAUGAGUACUUUUCUUGGGUUUGGAAGGGAACAUGUAGAGAGACAUUAUCGCAAAACUGGGCAAUGUGUCUACAUGCAUCUGAAACGAACCAUAAAGGAGAAAGCUACUGGAGCUUCUGGUGGAGGGCUACUGAAAAGAAAAUCUCCUCGGAUAAUAUUUGAACUGGAGAAGAAUGAAGACAUCAACAAUGAAGAUUAUGAAUAUGAAGAUGAAGCUAAACUUGUUAUAUUUCCUGACCACUAUGAAAUUCCUUUGCCGAACAUAGAAGAAUUGCCAGCACUGGUGACAAUAGCAUGCGAUGCUGCCCUUGCUGCAAGGUCUCCAUACAGAAGACAGGAUUCUGAUUCAUGGGAAGAAGAACUUAAGGGCUCAAAACAUGAGAACAAUCUUCAACAACUGGACAAUGGAGUCCGAAUCCCACCCAGUGGCUGGAAGUGUGCCUGGUGUGACCUGAGAGAGAAUCUUUGGCUAAACCUGACAGAUGGCACCAUAUUGUGUGGAAAAUGGUUCUUUGAUGGCAGUGGUGGAAAUGGACAUGCUCUGGAACAUUACCGUGAGACACGUUACCCUUUGGCAGUUAAAUUGGGAACCAUCACUCCGGAUGGUGCAGAUGUAUACUCAUUUGAUGAAGAGGAAGCAGUACUAGAUGCAAAUAUUGCAGAACACUUGAUGCACUUUGGUAUCGACAUGUUGAAAAUGCAAAAGUCAGAAAAUGUUAAUCCCAUUGACGAUAUCAAGCCACGGAUCAGUGAGUGGGAGAUGGUCCAAGAAUCUGGUAUGAAGUUGAAGCCAAUAUAUGGUUCUGGAUACACUGGCAUCAAGAAUCUUGGAAACAGCUGCUACCUCAGUUCAGUUAUGCAGAUAAUCUUCAGCAUCCCUGACUUUCAGAGAAGAUACGUUGGAAACCUCCAAAGAAUACUUGAUUAUUCCCCCAUAGAUCCAACUCAAGAUUUUGAUACACAGAUGGCCAAGCUGGGACAUGGACUUCUCUCAGGCCAGUACUCCAAACCUCCAAUGAAAUCUGAGGUGAUUGAACAGGUGAUGAAAGAAGAAUACAAGCCUCACCCACAAGGGAUGAUGCCCAGAAUGUUUAAAGCUUUAGUUGGAAAAGGACAUCCAGAAUUUUCAUCAAAUCGACAGCAGGAUGCGCUGGAAUUCUUCAUGCACUUGAUCAACCUUGUAACUAGAAACAGCAAUGGCUCAGAUGAUCCCAGUGAAGUCUUUCGUUUUAUGGUAGAAGACCGGGUCCAGUGUUGCCAGUCCAGGAAAGUCAAGUACAAACAGAGAGUCGACUAUAUCAUGCAACUUCCUGUUGUCCUAGAGGCUGCUAGUAACAAAGAGGAACUUCUGGCAUAUGAAAUGCGGAGGAGAGAGGCUGAGAUAGCAAAGAGGACUUUACGAGAAGUUGUCCGUGCCAAGAUUCCAUUCAGUGCCUGUCUUCAAGCUUUUCAAGAGCCAGAAAACGUCACUGACUUCUGGAGCAGUGCACUCCAAGCAAAGUCGGCAGCAAUAAAAACAAUCCACUUUGCUUCAUUUCCUGAAUAUUUGGUUAUUCAAAUAAAGAAAUUUACUUUCGGUAUAGACUGGGUACCAAAGAAACUAGAUGUCUCCAUAGAUAUGCCAGAUUUCCUAGAUGUCUCCCACCUGAGAGCAACAGGUUUACAGCCAGGAGAAGAGGAACUUCCUGAUAUUUCCCCACCUAUCAUCAUGCCUGAUCGACCCAAAGGCAGUCUGCUGAACCAUUACAUGGAGUCUCCUGAAAUUGAUGAAUCAGCAGUGAUGCAGUUGGCUGAGAUGGGUUUUCCACUAGAGGCAUGUCGGAAAGCAGUAUACUACACAGGAAACUUGGGGGCUGAGCUGGCCUUUAACUGGAUCAUAGCACACAUGGAAGAACCUGAUUUUGCUGAGCCGCUAUCACUAUCAGGAUAUAAUGAGGUGAGCCAUAAUGAGGUUGGUCUAGCAGGAGGGGCCUCUUCAAUGGAAAACCAACCACCAGAAGAGAUUGUUGCCAUCAUUGCAUCAAUGGGAUUUCCUAGGAACCAGGCCAUCCAUGCAUUGAAAGCAACUAAUAACAACCUGGAAAGAGCAUUGGACUGGAUCUUCACACAUGUAGAUGAUGAGGAUGAGAGCGAGACAGCAUCGGAUGUUGAAACACAAUCACAUGUCAAUACAAAUGCAGAAGCAGAACCAGUAGGGCCCAGAAUCAAGGAUGGACCUGGAAGAUACGAGCUGUUUGCCUUUAUUAGCCAUAUGGGACCAUCUACAAUGUCUGGUCAUUACGUCUGCCAUAUCAAAAAGGAGGGAAGGUGGGUAAUCUACAAUGACCAUAAAGUCUGUGCUUCAGAGAAACCCCCUAAAGACCUGGGAUACAUUUACUUUUAUCAGCGAAUGUCCUACUAAGCUUGAAACCUAUGUAUGAAAACCAUAACCUUUUUUCCAAAGAUUCAAAAAUUACAAACUCUCAAAGGUUUGGGAGAAA